GGGGCCUGGGCUUUCAAUUCUCUUGCUUGCGAUACCGCUUAGUUCACGGACAUGUGGCUGAAUAUUUGACUGUGGCUGUUCCACGUGAUGUGGCACUGCAAGGCUCUAGCUUGAAGACUCCAAGGUGUCUGGCCCAAUCGGGAGCUACCUAAGCUCCCCCAAGAAGGCAGCCUCAAGACUACGUACGUGCGGCCACAAUAAUCACUGCAUCAACAUCACGACUCUACCUCCAACUUCGCCGCGCCUGCACGACUACGAUCGCGUAUUGAAUUCCAUAUCUACGCAGUUCAGCAUCUGUCGUGACGGAUAUACAUUGACGCAACGAUGCCUACUACAACAGCAGAAACUCUCUCCCUCGUUACUCGAAACGUCACCGUUGCGCCCCUCGUCCUUCUCUCAGCCGUUGACCACUACAACCGAACUGUUUCUACCAAGACGAAGCGACGAGUAGUUGGUGUUCUUCUAGGACAAAAUGAUGGAAACGACGUGAGAGUGUCAAACAGUUUUGCUGUUCCCUUCGAGGAGGAUGAGAAGGACCCUUCAGUAUGGUUCCUUGACCACAACUACGUCGAGUCAAUGAACGACAUGUUCAAGAAAGUCAACGCCCGAGAGAAGCUCAUAGGAUGGUAUCACACUGGCCCCAAGCUACGUGCAUCCGAUUUGGAAAUCAAUGAGCUCUUCAAGCGCUACACACCCAACCCUCUGCUCGUUAUUGUCGAUGUUCAGCCCAAGGAGUCGGGAGUUCCUACAGAUGCUUACUUCGCCGUUGACGAGAUCAAGGACGACGGCACAACCACUGCCCGAACAUUUGUUCACACCCCUUCCGUUAUCGAGGCCGAGGAAGCAGAGGAAAUUGGUGUCGAGCACCUUCUAAGAGAUAUCCGCGACGUGGCCGCCGGCACAUUGUCCACACGAGUCACAAACCAGCUUCAAUCACUCCAGGGCUUGCACCUGCGCCUUCGAGAUAUUGGCACAUACCUCCAGAAGGUCCUCGACAGGCAACUACCAGUCAACCACGCGAUCCUCGGAAACUUGCAGGAUGUCUUCAACCUAUUGCCUAAUCUCUCGGCACCCGAAGGAGAUGGCAAGUCUGGCGGUGGCGAGUUGGCAUAUGCGAUGAGCGUCAAGACCAACGACCAGCUUAUGGCUAUUUACCUGAGCAGUCUGAUCCGCGCCAUCACAGCAUUCCACGAUCUGAUUGAGAACAAGAUCCAAAACAGACAACAGCAGGAGGAGAAGGAGGCUAAGAAGGAAGAGCUUAAUGGAAAGGAUGAGAAGAAGGAAGGUGCCAACGGUUCAAGUGGUGACACCAAGGAGGGCGCGGAAAAGGACAAGGAGACUAAGAAAUAAGGAAUAACAAAGACAAAAGACCUGGCAGAUGAACUAGACUUGGACUGAGGCUCUUUGGCGUCUGGCGGAGGGGAACAAUGGCAAUAUCCUGGCCAAAGGUCAAGGCAAAAGCGCCUUUGUACAUUGAUCAUAUCAAACUGGAUUAUUAGAGGACGGAGUGCGGAUAAUACAUACUGGACAGAUACGUCUUUAUAGACGGAUCUUUCGGUAAUGCUAUGACGAACCAUAUUUACAAGUCGGCUACGAUACCAGCCAUUUCAUCUUUUGAUACAACCCGAUCCUCAAUAUACACACCGAGCAUUUCUGACCAUUUAUCCACAAGUAAGCAUGCAAGGAGGUGUUUGCAACAUGGAGGAGUAUCUCCCCGUGAAUCCAAACCCAUGCCUCCAAAAGACCACUGCCCAGUUUCAGUUGGUAAUUGCUGUACUUGAUUCGUU